AUGCCUGACAUCUUAAAUGAUGGUCCUUAUGUUCCUACACAGACCCUUGUGGUUGAUGCUGUGGUUAGAGAUGGUCAACCAACCAUACCUUCCACAGUUAAAUCCAUUGUUAAGGACAAGGCAGAUUGGGGGGAUGAGGAUAGGAGAUUGGCAAAUCUGGAUGUGAAGGCUAGAAAUUUCAUUGUCCAGGCUGUGCCCAAAGAUAUUUACCAUUCUAUUAAAAUGUGCUCAACUGCUAAGAAAAUGUGGGGUACUUUGUGUGUCAUGUUUGAGGGUUGCUCUACUUCCAUGGAAUCUACCAUAACUACCUUAACCAGGAAGUAUGAAAUAUUCUUCUCAUUGAGAAAUGAAUCUUUAACUGAUACACAUACCCGCUUUAAUGCUUUGGUUAAUGAUUUAGCUGCUGUUGGUUUGACUAAAACUAAUGAAGUUUUAAAGAGCAAAUUUCUUGACUCGCUACCACCAAAAUGGAAUAAUUAUAUCUCUUCUGUGAAACUAAGUUCUUUGUAUAAAGAUCUUGAUCUCCCUAGACUUUUUGGUUUGCUCCAUAACCAAGAAUGUUCAGAGGCUGAAAAGCUAAUUGCUAUGGGUGAUUCCUACAAUCAGACUGCUACUGCACUUGUUGCAUCAUUGACUGAACAUCCCAGUCCAAUGUCUGAUGAGGUCAUUCCUAAUGUCAAUGAAGCUAUUCAUGUUGUUUCUAACACUAACACUGUUUGUUCCGGUUCUGAAUGUGAAGAAUCUGAUAGUGAUGAUUUGGCUGAAGAGGUUGCUAUGUUGGCUGAUAAAAUCAGAAGAAGGUCUUUUAAUAAAGUCAAAGGAAAAGGAAAAAGUGGCCAACCUGAUAAGUCCAAGAAGCCAUUUGACAUGUCUAGUGUUACUUGUUACAAAUGUGGCAAAACUGGACAUAUGGCUGGUGAUUGUAGAUCCAAAGAGACUAAGCAAGCUGGGUCAUCCAAAGGUGGAAGAAGUGAAAAAUAUUCAAAGCUCAAAGGAAAAUAUAAGGCCUUAAAGGCACAAGUUGAUGAACUGAAUAAAAUGGUUGAAUCAAAUGAGAAAAGUCUUGUUGCUAAAGAUUGGGCAGAAAGUGCUACUUUAUCUGAUGAUGAAAUGUAUGAAAAUGCAACAUGUCUCAUGGCUAAAGAAGCUACUCAGAAGUUUAAUGAAGAUCUUGAGAAAAUUCAAAAGCAAUAUGGGUCAGCUCACAAUGCCUCAACCAGUCAAACCACUUCACCUGAGGUAAUUUCUUUUUCAAAUCUAUCUGACAAUGAUAAGCUGUCUAGACUUAACAGAUUGGGUGAUGAGGUUCUUUUACAAAAGCAUUUCAAUCAAGAACUUAAAAAGGAAAUUUCCUUGUUGAAACUUGAUUUCAGUUCUAAGAGUCACAUUAUUGAAAAACUUGAAUAUGAAGUUAAAGCUCAAAAACAAUUAAACUCCAUUUUAGUAAAAGAAGCUAAAACUGCAAAAGAAAAGUUUUUAAAGGUCAAACAGAUCACUGAAUCUUGGUUUAUCAACUCUAAAAGAGCUGCUAAGUGUUUUAAUGUUCAAGUUCCUCAUCAAGUCCAAGUUGUGUUUGAUGGUGACUAUGAUAGGGCUAUAGCUAUAAGUGAAGUCUGUGCUAUGGAACACUGUUAUCAGCCUCCUUCACCUCCUAAAGUCCAAACCAAGGGUAAGAAAUCCAAACCAAUUAAUGUAGAUGCAGAUUCGUUGUGA